GUGGGAUUGUCUUCAACAGAAGACUUUUGGUGGACAAGUACAGCAUAUUUUCUCUGCCUAAUUGUAUCUUGAGCACCACUACAGCCUCCUCUGUUCUAUAGUGCAUUAUUUCUACUUACCAGCAUAUCUUGAAACUGUCGUCUUCUCCGCACUCGCUGCGUCAUAACAGUUCAGUUCAACCCCGCAUGACAAAAUAAACGUGCAAACCACCAUCAUCAGAUGCCCCCGCUCCCCCGGCUGUUACCCCAGAUUCAACCAAAGGCACCCCCACCUACCGCUUCAGCUCGUUUACCACAGGGAACCCUCGGCCCAACUCCCUCCUCAUACUUGAUCUCUUUCACUCCUCAUAUUUGAUCUUCUUCUUUUUUUUUCUUCCUUGCUCCAAUCCUCUCUGUAUCCCCUCCUCACACAUCACAAUGGCUCUCAACUUGACAUCCUCCCGCAGGGCUCUUGGCUCCCUCAAGCCCCUCACACGUGCCGCUUUCUCAGGUGUCCGCGGCUAUGCCACCGCAGAGCCUGAUCUCAAGGCCACUCUCCGCGAGGCCAUCCCCGCCAAGCGUGAGCUUCUCAAGAAGGUCAAGGCCCACUCCAACAAGGUCCUCGGCGAGGUCAAGGUCGAGAACACCCUUGGCGGCAUGCGCGGUCUCAAGGCCAUGGUCUGGGAGGGUUCAGUCCUCGACGCCAACGAGGGCAUUCGCUUCCACGGCCGCACCAUCAAGGAUUGCCAAAAGGAGCUUCCCAAGGGAAAGACAGGAACUGAGAUGCUCCCCGAAGCUAUGUUCUGGCUCCUCCUCACCGGCCAAGUUCCCUCUGUGAACCAAGUCCGCACAUUCUCUCGCGAACUCGCAGAGAAGGCUCAGAUUCCAGAGUUCAUCUCAAAGAUGCUCGAUGACUUCCCCAAGGAUCUUCAUCCCAUGACGCAGUUCGCCAUGGCUGUUUCUGCGCUCAACUACGAGUCCAAGUUCGCCAAGGCUUAUGAGCAGGGCCUUAACAAGGCUGAUUACUGGGAGCCUACCUUUGACGAUUGUAUUUCGUUGCUUGCUAAGCUUCCUACCAUUGCUGCCAAGAUCUACCAGAAUGCUUACCGUGGUGGUGGUGCUCUGCCAGCUGAGGUCGAUCUUGAGCAGGAUUGGUCGUACAACUUUGCUGCUAUGCUUGGAAAGGGCGGAAAGGAGAACGAGAACUUUCAGGAUCUUCUGAGACUUUACCUUGCUCUUCACGGUGAUCAUGAGGGUGGUAAUGUCUCUGCUCACGCCACUCACUUGGUUGGAAGUGCCCUGUCGGAUCCUUUCCUGUCUUACAGCGCUGGUCUCCAGGGUCUCGCUGGUCCCCUUCACGGUCUCGCCGCCCAGGAGGUUCUCCGAUGGAUCAUCCAGAUGAAGGAAGCCAUCCCCGCCAACUACACCGAGCAAGACGUCAACGACUAUCUCUGGUCCACCCUCAACUCUGGCCGCGUCGUCCCCGGCUACGGCCACGCCGUCCUGCGCAAGCCCGACCCCCGCUUCGAGGCCCUCAUGGACUACGCCGCCGCGCGUCCCGAGAUCGCCAACGACCCCGUCUUCCAGCUCGUCGAGAAGAACAGCCGCAUCGCCCCCGAGGUCCUCAAGAAGCACGGCAAGACCAAGAACCCCUACCCCAACGUCGACAGCUCCUCCGGAGUCCUGUUCCACCACUAUGGCUUCCACGAGACGCUGUACUACACUGCUACAUUUGGUGUUUCUCGUGGUCUUGGACCUCUGGCUCAGUUGAUCUGGGACCGAGCUCUGGGUCUGCCUAUCGAGAGACCUAAGAGCAUUAACCUUGAGGGCAUUCUUAAGCAGGUUGAGGGUCAAUAAAAAGAAAGAUACCCAAAGAAAAAGGUGGAAUGAUCAUAUAAGGUCUUUUGAAUGUAUAUAGCGUCGUGACCGAGUAGCCUAUGAUUGACGAUUUGUUUGACCAA